CUCCAAUUUCAACUCCAAUUUUCACAAGAUGCUCACACGCGUCGCUUCAGCGCUGACAACGCGAGGGUUCUUGCAGCGACUUAGUAGAGUACACCAGAAUGCUGCUGCAACGACAACGGCACCCUCAAGCCAAUCAUCAGCAGCAGCAUGGCCCAGAUUGACGUGCGUUCAAUCUGCUGCAGCCACCUCUGCUCCACGGCCGCCGACAGCCACCAUCGCCCGAGCAUUCACGACCUCACUAGUCACUCUGCGAUCGGAUGCCAACGCCGGGUCUGGAUCGCCGCCAACGAACAGUGCUGGCUAUCUUGACCCAGCAACCACGAAUUCUACAUCUGCAAACGACAAGCACAAAAGCCCACUGUCUCCGUCGUCCCUCGUUGGAUCCAAUUCAAACUCGAGCUAUCCAUACGAACAAGGAGCAAAACCGCCGCCUGUGGCUGGUGAAUCCGAAUCCAAGUUCACGCGGCAGUACUUUUACUUUGUCGACCACCACGGUCAACUCUUCCUGGACGACGUCAAGAUUAAAAACUUUGUCACAUGUUUCAAGGACAAGGUGUUUUUGGACUUUUUCUUUCGACGAUUGCGGCGAAACACAACUGGGCUAUACACUGAGGUCUUUCCCUACGUGUCCAUGUGUGGGCGGGAGGUGAACUUUGUACGAGUAGAGGAUAGACCGAUCGUCUUUCAUUCGAUCACGGAUGAUGACAAACUCUUGUACGGAGGCAAACUCGCCGUCGACUUUCAUCCGGAACAAAUUGUCAUGUCCGCCGAGACUGCGCGCAUCUACCACCCGGCGCCGUUCGAGACGCCUGGGUUGCUGCGAUCCGCGCUCUGCAUUGAGCUCGGCAAGUCGGUUGUCUUUGAUUCCGAGACCACUGCGAUUCUGACGUACAAGGACCGCCCCGUCCAAAUCCGCGUCGUUCCACACGACUUUACCUGACCCACAAACCACUAUGCAAACAAAAAGGUCGAUCUACAUUUGAAAAUGCA